CGGACUGUCACAGUGUGGUUGCAGGAAAUGGCAAACUGGAGGGAGGCAUAGUCAAAUGGCUGGUGAACAUGAUGAAAUGAUGAUAUCUACUAUAAAUCCAAAUUCCGUCAUAUGUAUAAUGCUUAACCUGGCGUGAAGAUCCGCGCGAGCUGUUACAUCUCAUGGACCUCGACAGUGAAAACCGUACCUUCCAAGUUCGAGGGAGUGAACUAAAAUAUUCUUCAUGGUUUUUGCAAUACCUUCGAGUCGUGAUCUGUCCGUGCAAACAUAUUGCCACUAACUGAUUUUGGAGGAGAACCGCCACCACAGGGUGCGUGGUGUUUUACCUGGGAGCCGUUUUAGAGCGGUAAUUUCCCUUAAUUUUAUUGCAAAUAACAGCCUUAGCAUAUUUCCCUCAUGAAAAAUAAUCUUUGGAGCGGUUCCCGGGACAUGACCAUGAUGAUGCCGAGCAAAAGUGUGGAAUGGCUGCAAGACGAACUGGAAUCCGGAGGGAGCUCGCUGCUUCUGUUGGAUUGCCGAUCGCACGAGCUCUUCGAAUCAUCUCACAUAGAAACGGCCAUCAAUUUGGCAAUACCGGGUCUGAUGCUUCGAAGGCUCAAAAAGGGGAAUUUGCCUAUCCGAUCUAUUAUUCCGAAUAAUGAGGAUAAGGAGAAGUUUGUCAAACGGUGCAAGACGGACACUGUGGUUCUGUACGACGAGGCCACCUCGGACUGGCAAGAGAACGGCGCAGCGAGCUCGGUUCUUGGGCUCCUGCUGCAGAAGCUCCGGGAUGACGGUUGUAAAGCUUAUUACCUGGAGGGGGGAUUCAACAAGUUUCAGACGGAGUACUCUGAACACUGCGAGACCAACCUGGACAGUUCCUGCCCUAGCAGCUCUCCCCCAGCGUCUGUUCUGGGGCUGGGUGGGCUGAGAAUCAGCUCCGAUUGUUCCGACGGCGAGUCGGACCGGGAACCAGGCAGCGCCACAGAGUCAGAGGGCAGCCCAUUGCCCAACAACCAGCCUGCCUUCCCUGUCCAGAUCCUUCCUUACCUUUACCUUGGCUGUGCCAAAGAUUCCACCAACCUUGACGUGCUGGGCAAGUACAACAUUAAGUACAUCCUGAACGUAACGCCCAACCUGCCCAACAUGUUUGAGCACGAUGGAGAAUUCAAGUACAAACAGAUUCCCAUCUCCGAUCACUGGAGCCAAAACCUCUCACAGUUUUUCCCCGAGGCCAUAUCUUUCAUUGAGGAGGCUCGUUCCAAGAAGUGUGGGAUCCUGGUGCACUGCCUGGCAGGGAUCAGCCGCUCUGUGACGGUGACGGUGGCCUACCUGAUGCAGAAGCUCAACCUGUCCCUCAACGAUGCCUACGACUUCGUCAAGCGCAAGAAGUCCAACAUCUCGCCCAACUUCAACUUCAUGGGCCAGCUCCUGGACUUUGAGAGGACUCUAGGGCUGAACAGCCCCUGCGACAACCGCUCGCCCAACGACCAGCUCUUCUUCACCACACCGACCAAUCACAACGUUUUCCAGCUGGACACGCUAGAGUCCACAUGAAGACAGUGAGCUGGGUCUGGAAGGGGGCGGCCCGGGCCGGCCUCUGAAUGUUUUAUCUCUACAUCUCCUGAGGCAUUUCAGCCCUGUCAGCCAGGGCGAGUGCACAGCGGGAGGCACAGCGGAGAAGGCUUCUGGGAGAAGGCUGCUUGGACAGGUUUUACUUGGCGGGCUGACUAUGGGUACCCCAUCGCUACUUCAGCGACUGAGAAGUGGCUUCUCUUGCCUUUGGAACAGACUGUUCUUUUUUUGUCAGUUUUUUUUCCUUUUUUUUUUUUUUUUGGAAACAGCAAGUAAUAGACUGGAAAAUGCAACAAAGAGCUUCAUACAAAGAGAGGAAGAAGGAACUGCAGCGCUUAACUUAUUGUUGUCUGUUUGGGUGACGCCCUCGACCUCCUGACCAGAAAGGUGCCAAUAUAGUAUCCGCCAGGGACUUUAUUUCUGAAGGUGGUCUUGCUCUACUGAAUGUAGAGUGUGAUUAUGAAGCGAAGAAAGAAACACAAGAGCAACUACACACACAUUCAUAUAUAUGUGUGCAUAUAUAUAUAUAUAUAUAUAUAUAUAUAUAUAUAUAUACUGUAUAUAUAUAUAUACUGUAUAUAUGUGUGUAUGUGCGUGUGUGUGUAUGUAUGCACGUGUGUGUGUGUGUGUGUGUGUGUGUGUAUAUAUAUAUAUAUAUACACCUAUAUAUGAGUUGUGCGUAUAUGUCUGUGUGUGUGUGUGUGUGUGUACAUAUGUAUAUCUAUCUUAUAUAUUUACAUGUGUAUAUUUGUAUAUAUACAUAUAAUUAUAUGUGUAUAUGUAUGUACGCACACAAACUACACUUUUUUUCCAAAACCGAAACAGUACUAUAAUGGCUGAAUGGAAUUUUAGAUUGUAACUAAAGAAAACCAACCAACGACAGUAAUAACAACAACAACAACAACAACAAAAAAAAGAACUUUGUGAUAUUCUGAUUGUUUUUGUAAAUUUUUUUUUUUCUUUUUUUUUUUUUCUUUCCUACGUUUGUAAUGACCUAAUGCGGUUUGCACAGUGGCGAAGCCUUUCACAUCUUGGCACUUAAAACUGGUACUCCACACAGAUAAAGAGACAUUGAGAGGUCCUGGCGGGAUGGCCAGUCCAAUGCGGCGACGGGCCCCUGCAGCUGCAGUCGGGGAACGAGCAGGGCUGGCCGGGGAGAAACGCACGCACUUAAAAGCUCAUUGUUCCUUAACUGUGUACAAAAGACGGACCUUUUCUCCCCUCAGAGCUGCAAGCCCCGCUUCCUUAAACGAAAGUGUUUUAUUCUGGGUCUCCUCUCCCCACCCACAGGCCUUGGUGAUGUUAUGAUGAUUAUUAUAGGAUAUAUGAUAAAUUACUAUCAUUAUUAGUAUUGUUUCUGUAUUUGAGCAGGCUAUGCUCUCUUAUAGAAAUGGGAAGUGGUUGUGGGUGGGGUUUUGGGGAGGGAGGUGGGCGGUUGUUGUAAAUUUUUUCACCAGUUGGAAAUGAAAUGAUGAAAAUAGUUUCUUUAACUACUGUUGCUGCAGCCUGUUGUUCCGAGUGGGAGAGCGGGCGGGGCUGGGCGGGGCAGCACACAGUGUGUAGAGAGGGGGUUUCUGGGAACAGAACCGUCAAAAGAGGAAAAGCUUGGAAACGGCACUGGUAGGGUGGGGGAGGGUUGCUUUAAGCUGGCCUUAUAUAACCUUUUUAAGCAUUUCUAAUGCUGACUGUUCAAUACUAUAUUUGUAUUUCACUUAAGAAAUAAAUCAUUGUUUUAAAAAGUGUUUGUUUAAAAAGAAACUAGUUGAAAAAAGCAAAACACAGUAAUAAGACACCCACAAAUGUCUUUUUAACGGGUCUAAUGCGGUUGUUUUUUUAUUCUCUGCAAUACAACAGACACCUUUUGCAGUAUUUUUUAGAUAAAGACCUCUGGUUUUUUAUUCCUCUACUUUUGUAUGAAAAUUCCAAGGAAUAUAGCUCAACUGCUUUGGAACUGAGGUACUUUUUAACCUGGGGUAAGGAAAGUACAGGGCUAUCCAUCACCUAUUGAAGAACUGGGUAAAAACAUUCAUACCUAAGCUAUGUUAUAUAUUUAGAGAAACACUCAAACAGCAUGUUUUUUUUCUAUCAUAUGAUUAUUUGAUUAAAUAAAAGUUCCUUAAAGAACUUGAUAACCUUACUAACAUCUUUACUAUAUGGUAUUCCUGUGGCCUUGAAUAUAUAUGUGUAGAUAUAUAUUUGAGCUAAUAUGCAAUCUUCAUCUUCGAGUGAAGUAACGGUAUUUGGGAUGACAAUUUAAUUUUUGAAAUGACCCCCCUUCUUCUGAAGCGGAAACCCAGUUCCAGUGCGUAAAAUCGUUGACUAGAGUUUGAUCACUUGCACCCCAGGAUUGACAUUUAUUUCAGUGCAGAGCUUUUUCUUUUUUAUUUAAAAGAAAGUCUUUGAUUUCCAGCUGCUUCUUGUGGAGGAAUGUUUGUGUCUUUGUAACAAUGAAAAGAGAAACCUAAAUGUUUUUAUUCUCUGUUUGUAUAUUGCCAGAACACGGGAACAGUCGUUUCUGUGACGUUUCUAGUAGCUACAUCAUGGUAAGAGAGAAUGAGUUGGAGUAGAAGUGAAUUAGCUGGUGUGAGAGAGCGAGAGAGAGAAGGAAUGAGAAAAAGAAAAUGAAUGACAAAAAUGUAUUUCUUACCUCACUGAGGAAUUUUUCAGGGAUUUUUUGACAAUGCAUCUGCAUCGUGUUACAGCUUCAAAUACAUGUCAAAUCGCUGUUUUAUAUGUGCUGUAUACAUUUUUUUAAACAUGCAAUCUAUAUAUGUGUAUAAAACUGGGCUUGGUAACAGGGCAGUUCUACUUUCUGAUUUAUGAAGGAUAUAAAAUUGACCCUAUGUAUUGUAUAGUAUAUGGAAACCAACACAAGACAUGUUUAUACUACAAAUAAAUAUUGAAUUAUUUUUUCUUUAAAA